GACGUCCCAACUUGGCCCCCCUCCCUUGUAUUUUUGUCCCUGACGAUGGCGUUAGUCGUGGAUUAUGUGUUGCUGCUGGUAGCUGCCGUGCUGGGACCGUACCACGUUGGGGUGGAAGGCGGGUGCGCUGGGAAGUGCUGCCGGGGUUCAGACAUCACCUGUGCAACGGCAGACUGGCGGAUGGACCGUGUGUUCGGCACCUGCUACUGCGACGAGGGCUGCCUCAGGACCAAAGACUGUUGCUAUGACUACCCCACCGAGUGCCCAGCCCAGUCAUGUGUGGUGACUGUCUGGAGUCACUGGAGCGGUUGUGCCCAGCCCUGCCAGCGGUCCAGGAUGGUCCGGCAGCGCCACAUUGAGCAGGAGCCCAGAAACAUUGCAGAUCCAUGUCCCAGUCUGGAGGAGCAGGCUGGCUGCAUGGACUACCAGUCAAACAAUGGAGAGAUCUGCACUCAGAACACAGGUCCAGCUUUCAUCACCACCAGGGAGUUUGGUGAAGGAAGAACAAAGCCUUACAUCUACGGAGCACCUCUGUACCCUGGGUUCUGUAUGGAGUAUAAGAUGGAGUCUCUGACUACCCACUGUACGGUGGAGAACAGACCACACACCCACUGGAUGCAGUACCUACGUGAGGGCUACACGGUUUGUGUGGCGUGCCAACCCCCCGCCAUGCGUAACCAUAGCGGCAGCUGCCAGGGAGACGGCCAAGAAUCCAACGGUGAGGAGCUGCUCCAUUGGCAGGCUGUGGGGAACUCUGGCUGUCGUGGAACGUGGAAGAAGGUCCAGAGAACAGCAUACUGCUCCUGUCCUCACGUCCACAGCUUCCUCUUCAUAUAAACACACAGGAAGUCUUACUUGCGUUCCUACUUGCAACCCGAUUCCCUAUAUAGUGCACUACUUUAGACCAGAGCCCUAUGGCACCCUAUUCCUUAUAUAGUGCACUACU